CGGGGGCUUAGGACCCGAGAUCGAGAGUGCGUGGGGAUAGGCGCGUGCCCGCCCCGGCUAUAUAAGGCCCCGAACCCUCAUUGGCUAGGCAUUUCGGGAGCCAGAAUCGUACCGAGAGCAUCGAGGGUGCGGAUUAAGUUUUCUUCCCACGCUUUUUCUUUUCGGUCGAUCGAGUAAACCGCACGCUUUCGUCCGUUUUUUUUCCUCAUCUUCACGUGUACCACGAGGUGUUAACGAGUCGCAUCGACCUCACCUCGACAAAGUUUCUCUUCGAUACGUCGAGCCAGUGUACGUCGCGCGAAGGUCGCCUGGCACGCGCUGCUACAAUUCCUGCUCCCGGGUGGUGGGGGGAUUCGGACCCGUGAUAUGACCUUAGUGGGGUCCACGGAGGAGAGCGUUCUGCCCAUCAUGCUGGGUGUACAGCAGCAGCAUCACCACCACGGCCUUCACGCCACUUCCAGCGCGCAAACCCAUCGCGGCAACGUGAUCGUCUCCACCAAUAAUAUGCCAACCAACAACAGUACUCUACAACACGGGUGCAAGCGACCCAAGAUCUACGGCCAGGCAACCGGGCCUUACGGCACGGUGCCGCAUCAGCCCGCCUCGGUGGCUAGACGAAAUGCGCGUGAGCGCAACAGGGUGAAGCAGGUAAACAACGGGUUCGCCACACUGAGGCAACACAUACCGCAGACAGUGGCGCAGGCAUUGGGAAGUAGUACCGCCGGGACACACGGAGGAUCCAGAGCCGGCAGCAAGAAGCUAUCUAAAGUGGAGACCCUGAGGAUGGCGGUGGAAUACAUCAGGAGCCUUCAACGUCUUCUGGAGGAGCACGACGGUGGCUCCGAGUCCAGCGGCUCCUCGCCCGCUUCUUCAACGUCCUCCAACUUGUCCGAAAAUGGAGUUAACUCCGACUCCAAUCAUUCGGCGGAACUAAGAUUACGAGGUGGCAUCACCAGGGAGAUCCAUUGCCACGGUAGUCCACACGAGUCCGAUCUUCGGCAUCAACACCUCAGGCAGAACUCGAGUCCAAUGACUUUCGUCCCAACGACAUUCUCGGAGGCGUCAAGUUCACCAACGCCAAGUUUCAUCUCCGAAACCUCGUCGGCUGAAAGUCAAGGUUACGGCACCCUUUACAUGACGCACUCCGAUAGUUACGACAAUUGCGAAGACGAGUCAUUGUUGGAAGCCAUCGCCAUAUGGGAAGGGCGUUCUGAUCUUCUGUGAAGACGUCGAGAUGUCGAUUUGGCUCGGCUCCUGCGUACUUCUCAAGCAACGACCAAAUGCAAAGGCACGUGUAAGUCAAAAACAUAAACGACGCGAGCAAGGGAAACAAAGGUAAACGAAGAAAGCGGCUGUUGCAUUAAUUAUAAUCUAGUCACAUUACUUGCACUUUGUCGUCUAAACUAUGUGUAAUACGUUAGCCACUUUUGUACAAACGCGAAAGACCUUUGGAUGUACGUUAUAUUUAGAAUUAUGCGUCGCGCAUUGAUAUCGAAUAAUUUUGAAGCCUGAGGUAUUAGAAGUAUUUCAAAAGUACAUGACAAAUGCAUUGCAAUUACGUUGUCUUUUUAUUUCAUAAUUUAUUACGGCGAAAAUAUUUUCUUAUAUUUGAUUAUUCAAAAGUAAACAUAAGGUAGGGCAGGCCUACACAAUUAUUUAUUCAGGAUGGCUCCCCCCCAUCUCACUGUUCUCGAAUUAUUUUUUAAUUAUUUAUCGCGUAACAAAAAAUAUUUUAAACAAAAGCGUGGUUUCAAGGAAGCCACAGAAAUAUGUCCGAAGAGAUUAUCGAAAAAUUAACACGGAGUACGUUAAAUUCUUGUAUUCUUACGGGCAAGUUAAAUAAAACCAUAUGACUCGUGCGAAAACUCACGUGGUUUUAUUUAACAAUUGAAAGCGACUUCGUGGAGUAAAAUUUAUGCUAUGAGAUGUUUCCCUCGAAAUCAUAUAAUUUUCACUCGAAACGUUUCAAUAGUUUGAGAUUGUUCUUAAAACGAGAUCCGUCGACAGGUAUUAUUGUGUAUAUUGAAACAAUUAUAAUAAUAAUUUUAUAUAUUAUAU